AUGCGUUUUGUAUUUUCUUUGCUCUGUAUAUUAGAGCUUCUAGUCUAUGUUCACGGGGCGAUAACACCGUCUUCAUGGAUUGACGAUCUCGGCCUCAGCCGUUCCAUUGAUAUUGGCAGGCUUUAUGGCAAAGCUAGAAAUUAUUUAUCACCUAAGAAAGAACGACUGAAAGAUGAUACCCCAUUGAAGAGUGGCAGAGAUGGCGGGGGUAAACCUGAGACUGUUAUCAGUCCUCCAUCGCACACUAAAGGCUCUACCUUGUUUGCUGAGCGUUAUACGGUGCACCACAAGGAAUUGAAGGCUCAAUAUCGUAAAGAUUACCCUUUUGCAGCUAUAGUUGACACCUUUUUCGGCACGGAAGCCGGUGGGCACAUGUUUCCCGGGACAGCAUUGCCUUUUUCUAUGUGUAAAAUGGGCGUUGAUGUCAUUGACACUGCACGAACCGAUGCGUACGCUGGGUACCUCACAAAUGGUGAAGUCGUCGGCAUAUCACUACUUCAUGCAUCUGGGACUGGAGGCUCUCCGACCUAUGGAGUCGUAUCUCAAUUACCUAUGAUGGCACCAUCUGUUGGGGCUAUAGAUAUUUCAAGGCAGAUUGGUUUCCAGAGAAGCACGACGGAUAGUGGUCAUGUAGGUUAUUACAAAGUCCGGCUUAACAAUUCUGUUACAGUCGAAUUUUCAUCGGGAGAGAGGUCUGGCUUGUACAAGUAUAGAUUUCCCUCUGCCAGUGGAAUGCGGCCAACUGUGAUGGUUAAUGUCACGCAUCACCUUCACAGUUUCGGCAGGCCUUGGUGGACACAAAACUUCGAAAAAGGAUACAUCCAAGUGAACAAAGACAUGCGAUCAUAUAGUGGGAAAGUGGUCAUUGCCGGAGGCUGGUCAGACCCUGGAGCAUGGACGGUGUACUUCUAUGGAAUUUUUGAUCACGCUGCUACGGGAAUAAGGGCGUUCCAAGGAACGAAGUCAGUGAAUGGCUUGAAGAUUAAUUUGGUUAACGACCAGAAUAAAAACUUUGGAGUUCUAUUUGAGUUUGCCGAAGAUGUGCGAGUGUUAAAAUCUCAUGUUGGAAUAAGCUUUAACAAAGACGAUGGGGUCGAAGUGGCAAAGUGGAAUAUAGUCAGAGAUAUUCCCCCGGAGCAUAAAUUUGAUCUUUCUUGGUCAGUUGAAAAUGCCCUUAAGCGUUGGGAUGAGGAAGUCUUCAGUAAAACCAUACUAUUCCCAGCAAAUGAGGACCCAGUGAGUCUAGAGUUAUUGCAUAAUGCCCUUUACGGAGUCCAUCUAAUGCCAACAGAGAAGUCGGGGCCAGAUGCACCAUGGGAAACAGAAGAGCCUUAUUACGAUGACUUCUUUACCAUAUGGGAUACUUUUAGAUGCUUAAAUCCUUUAUUCAACUUCUUCAAUCAGGAACGUGGUGCGGAGAUUGUCAGAAGUUUAAUAGAGAUAUGGCGGCAUGAGAACUAUAUGCCUGACGGUCGGUCUGGGGAUCGAUCAGGACGCACUCAAGGAGGUAGCAAUGCAGAUAUUGUCUUAGCAGACGCAUAUGUCAAGCGAAUUGGCGGCCAAAUCAACUGGGAAGAUGGUUUUAAGGCUAUGAAGGCGAAUGCUGAAAAUAUUCCGCCAUUGAUAAUAGACCCUAUGGCGCCGGAUUCUACCAACAAGUACGGACGGGGAGCCUUGAGUGAUUGGCUUUCGCAUGGAUAUGUUACAAAUAGAUACUCUCGCUCGCUAACAAGAACGAUGGAGUAUGCGUAUAACGAUUUUGCUUUGUACCAGGUCGCCAAGGGUCUAAAUAAAACUGAAGAUGCAAAACGCUACUUGGCACGUUCUACAAACUGGCAAAAUAUCUGGAACCCACGUGCCCAUAUUGCGCGCUACAACUACAGUGGUUUUAUCCAGCCUAAGGACGAACGCGGGAAUUUUGUGGCAAACAAGUACUCUCCUCUCUCGUGUUCCGGGUGCUACUGGUCUGAUGAUGCAUACGAAGGCAGGCCCGUCGAGUACGGCUGGGCAGUUCCUCACGACAUGAAGACCUUGCGCGGUCUAAUCGGAAACGACUCUGUUUUUGUCCAACGGCUCGACGACAUGUUCGGGCUCUACGGCGACUCACUCGCUGACCUAAGCAACGAACCGAGCUUCCUCACGCCCUACCUCUACAACUACGCGAAUCGGCACGACCGCACGGUGGAAACUAUCCACUAUCUCCUACAGAACAACUUCAAGCCAGGCCCCAAAGGCCUCCCAGGCAACUCAGAUGCCGGUGCCAUGCAAGCGUGGCUAUUUUUUGCGCUCAUCGGGUUCUAUCCUGUAGCCGGCACCGACUUGUACCUCUUAUCCGCGCCAAAGUUCUCCUACCUCAAAUUCACCCGGUUGCCGAACCUAGGGGAGGUCGAGAUUAUUGCCCAUGACUUGUUCCCUAAUGGCAAGCGUACAUCUGAUGCCCGGAACAUAUAUGUGAAGUCCGUUGUAAUUAAUGGCUUCGAGCUAAACCGGAACUGGGUCUAUCACGAAGAGCUUUUCAGUGAGCACGGUUCAAAGUUGGAGUUUUAUAUGACAGAUAAGCCGGUUGCAUGGGACAAGAAUGGUCCAUAUCCGCCUAGCUAUGGCCACUUAGCGGACGCCAAUAUUGCUCUUUAG